AUGCCCAAACCUCCUGCACAAGGAUAUGACAAGGUCGCUGCGUUUAUGACCUUGGAUCCUGGCUUAUGCGUUUUCCGUCGGUUUGCCAGGCUUAACGUCAAGAACUUGCUGUAUCUCCAAGGUGAGCUGGCUUAUCUCCAACAGGAUCUCGAUGAGAUCAUCGAAGAAGACAAACAGUCGCGCUGCCCGGAGAAAGCCAAGUACCCAUUCUCGGUAUGGGAUUUGAAGGAGUCCCUGAAUGAUCCCAACCCUGAAAAUCAAACACAAUGGCUGAAGGUUCUUGAAGUGCGCAAAUUGCUCAACGAGUACAAUAAUGCUCUCCUGCAACACGCACAGAUGCUCCGGCUCGCCCCCCCUGAGAAGAGUGACUUGCAGGCCUUCCAGCGCUGGAUGGAUUGGGAGGAGGCCAUGAAUAUGUCCAUCCCUUUCUCGCCCCAUGGCCAGUGGCAGGGUGAAAAUGUCAAAGAUCUGGUAGCACUUUGCAGCCAGCACAAAGACACUGACCGUUUCACACGAUGGGUGUUCUCUCAUCUGAUACCAUGGUUUCAUCAGCGAUGGGGGCAUAAAAUGAUGAAACAAGAUCCAGAGGUAGAGGCCUACUUCAUCGACGGCCAACGCAUCAGAACCGCCACGUAUUUUCUCACUCUGUUGCUGUCUGGCGUCCUCCCUGCUUCGGCGAUGAUCCUUAUGUAUUUCCUCCGCCACAAAACGCUUGCUUCUCUCAUCGUCAUCUUGAUCUAUAAUUUGCUGUUUGUCCUCAUCACAGGGCUGAUGGCUACCAGUAAAAGAGUCGACAUGUUCGCCAUGGGCACUGCCUUCGCAGCCAUCAUGGUGGCGAUGAUUACGAACAGCAAUCCCAGCUCUUGA